GUGACCAUUGUACGUACCAAGGCACAAGCCCAAAAGGUCCUAAAACGGCUUUUUGCAGCCGACCCGUCUAUCUUUCACGCCUGUGAUACCGAGGUCAUGGCCAUUGAUCUCAAAUCGGUCGGACCGGUUGGAAAUGGCUACGUGACUUGCGCGAGUGUCUAUUCCGGGCCCGACUUUGAUUACGGACUCGGCGAGGGUCCAGGUUCUUGUUUGUGGAUCGACAACCUGGAUGAUGCUGCUGGUAUUUUGCAAGAAUUCAAGGCGUGGUUCGAAAACCCCAGGUUUCUCAAAGUUUGGCAUAAUUACGGCUUCGAUCGACACGUCAUGUGGAACGAAGGAAUUGAUGUGCAGGGUUUAGGUGGAGACACGAUGCACAUGGCUAGAUUACAGGAUACAUGCCGGUCGAAAAUGGCAAAAGGUGGAGGUUACAGUUUAGAAGCCUUGACGGCCGAUUUGUUGAGCCGUCGCAAACAGCCCAUGAAGGAACUUUUUGGAGUGCACCGUUUGCGCAAAGACGGUAGUGAAGGUGCUUUGGUCGAUAUCCCUCCCGUGGAAAGUAUGCAGCGCGAUCCAGAAUCGAGAUCCAUGUGGAUCAAAUACUCUUGCUACGACGCCGAAGGUACAUGGCUUCUUCGGGAAGAAUUGGAAAAACGACUGAAAAUGAAGCCGUGGAUUGGGAAUAAAAAUUUGUGGGACUACUAUUUUCUACAUAUGCGUCCGUUCGCAGAGGUACUCACAGAUAUGGAGCGACGUGGUGUUCGCGUGAACGCGAAAGAUUACUUGUUCAACGUGGAGCGAAAAGCACGGGAAGACCGAGUACACCACUCUAAAAUCUUUCGCGAAUGGGCUGCCUCAAAGAUUGGACCCGAUGGGCUCGCGCUGAACCUUUCUAGCGCCACGCAGCUGCAGGCACUUUUCUUCGGGGGCUCCGAAAACUUAAAGACAAAAGAACAGUCGGAGACAGUAAGGGUGGUGAAGGUACCACGAGAUGAAAUACCAGAAGACGCCUUACAUGCCCUCGAAAAUCAAUCGAAGGCUGAGGCUCAGCGCAUACGCGAUCAUUUACUCGCUCCUGUACAGGAUAAGAAUAUCGAUGAUUUGGAGACUAUGUCGGAUGAUGAUUUGCGAGACAUGCUGAUAACUCGCGAAUUACAGUUCGCGGGGACAAGAGGGGAGAUGCUUGAUCGGCUGCGUGCCGAUCUCGAGUUUACUUCUGGUGUUCUUAACGCCGUUUCCCCAACAGAUCAAGAUGGGCAUUUAUUUACUAACACGACUCUUUUUCUUCAGGCGUACGAGAACUUUGGAAAAGAAGGAUGUGAAGCUCUCUUUAGCUUAUGUGCUAUUAAAUCCAUUGAUACCAUGAUUGCGACGUUUUUGACAAGCCUCCAAGAGCGUGUGGAUAAUAAGAGCCGCGUCCAUUGCUCGCUGAAUCUAAAUACGGAAACAGGACGACUCUCUUCUAGAGGACCCAAUCUGCAAAAUCAACCUGCCCUUGAAAAAGAUACAUAUCAAAUUCGGAAAGCCUUUGAAGCGUCGCCUGGGAAUAAUUUGAUUGUAGCAGAUUAUGGGCAAUUAGAGUUGCGCCUCCUGGCAAGCAUGACUGGUUGUAAGUCUAUGAUUGAAGCUUUUGAAGCGGGUGGCGAUUUCCAUUCGCGUACGGCAAUGGAUAUGUUCGAUUACGUUAAGGCAAAGGUCGAUUCGGGUGAAGCCCUUCUGGAAUGGGACUACGCAAAAGGAGAUCCGCCGAAACCGUUGGUGAAAGAUUUGUUCGCUUCGGAGCGCCGAAAAGCGAAGACGCUGAAUUUUUCCAUUGCAUACGGGAAGACCGCUUUUGGCUUGAGUGAUGAUUGGGGAGUGACUCUUCAGGAGGCUGAAGAAAUGUUGAAAGCAUGGUACAAAGCCCGUCCCGAAGUCGACGUUUGGCAAACACAAGUGAAGCUAACCGCACGUAACCAUGGUUAUACUCGUACUUUAAUGGGACGGUAUCGAGAUCUACCAGAAGCAAAGAGUAAAAGGCAAAAAUUUGCAAAACAAGCAGAACGGGCCAGUAUCAACACUCCCAUCCAAGGAGGUGCGGCGGACAUCGCCAUGAUGGCCAUGAACAAAAUUAAUGCAAACGAGAAGCUCAAGGCACUUGGGUGGAUCCUUCUGCUACAGGUGCAUGAUGAAGUUAUGUUGGAAGGUCCCGAAGAAACCGCCAAAGAGGCUUUCGACGAGGUUUUGAACAAUAUGCAGGAACCUUGGGUGUUCGGUUUAAUGAAGACUGCAGUACCGUUGUUAGUAGAUGGUUCAUACACCCACAAAACUUGGUAUGAUGCCAAGUAG